AUGGACUACGCGUCGAAGUACACUCCGAAGCCACUCACAGACAUCUUUACCUGCGAUACCGACAUUGAUCGGCGACAAUGUACCCGGACUGUUCCGAUGAAGGUCCUUAUACUCGGAUGUGGACGAACAGGAACAACAUCUAUAAGAGCCGCAAUGAAAAAACUCGGAUAUGUCGACACCUACCACAUGAUGAACUGCUCUAUCGAAAACCCGCCUGACGCUCUCCUAUGGAUGGACGCGCUACGGGCAAAAUACGACGGCGUCGGCGAACCAUUCACCCGCAAAGACUGGGAUAAGCUUCUCGGCGGCGCACAGGCAGUAUGCGACUGGCCCGCCUGUGCAUUCGCAAAGGAGCUUAUCGAAGCGUACCCCAAGGCGAAGGUUGUGCUUACAGGACGCGAUGUCGACUCGUGGCACGCGUCGACAAUGCGACGGUGUACUGGAGAGUGA